GGAAAACCUUAAACUCUGGAAGCAAUGCUGCAGACUACUGAGUUUUACACCUGUGAGUAGCCCGAGGCCCGCCAGCGGCGGCUAACAGGAUGAGAAGAUGGCGGCCGUGCUCCUACCGUCGGGACAGGAGAGCCUGCGGCGCUUCACGCGCGAGUCCCUGGCCGCAAUCGAGCAGCGGGUCCAGCAGGAGCAGGCCAAACGUGCCAAGGACUACCAGGAGGACCUGGGCGACGUCGAGGCGCCCAAGCCCCGCGCCGACCUGGAGGCUGGCAAGGGCCUGCCCCGCAUCUUCGGAGACAUCCCCAUGGGGCUGGUGGGGGCGCCCCUGGAGGAUAUUGACCCCUACUACAAGAACCAGAAGACCUUUAUAGUGCUGAAUAAAGGGAAAGCCAUCUUCAGAUUCAGUGCCACGUCAGCCCUCUACAUCUUCAGCCCCUUUCAUCUCAUCAGACGGAUCGCCAUACACAUCCUCACACACUCAUUGUUCAGCUUGUUCAUCAUGUGCACCAUCCUGACCAACUGCUGCUUCAUGGCCAUGUCUGACCCACCCCACUGGACAAAGUACCUCGAGUAUACAUUCACAGGUAUCUACACAUUUGAGUCCCUGAUUAAGAUCCUGGCGCGGGGCUUUUGUGUGGGCCCCUUCACCUUCCUCAGGGACCCCUGGAACUGGCUGGACUUCAGUGUCAUCAGCAUGGCGUAUCUGACAGAGUUUGUGGACCUGGGCAAUGUCUCAGCGCUACGGACAUUUAGAGUUCUCAGAGCCCUCAAAACAAUAUCAGUCAUACCAGGCCUGAAGACCAUCGUGGGAGCGCUGAUCCAAUCAGUGAAGAAGCUGGCGGACGUAAUGAUCCUCACCAUGUUCUGCCUGAGCGUCUUCGCUCUGAUUGGCCUGCAGCUCUUCAUGGGCAUGCUGCGGCAGAAGUGUGUGCGCAGCACUGCCCUCUGCGUCAACUCAUCCUACAACGCCAACGACAUGUUCAUCUGCAACAACAAGACCUGGCAGUCUAUGGCCGACUUCACCAUGAACGAGGAUAACUAUUACAAGAUAGAAGGAGCGAAGGAUGCCUUAAUAUGUGGAUAUGGAAACGAUGCAGGAAAGUGCCCAGAUGGCUUUGACUGUUUGAAGACAGGAAGGAACCCGAACUAUGGCUACACCAGUUUUGACUCAUUUGGCUGGGCCUUCCUGUCCCUCUUCCGUCUCAUGACCCAGGACUACUGGGAGAACCUCUACCAUCAGACUUUGCGCUCGGCAGGGAAGACCUACAUGGUGUUCUUUGUGUUGGUCAUCUUCCUGGGCUCCUUCUACCUGAUCAACCUGAUCCUGGCUGUGGUGGCCAUGGCCUACGAGGAGCAGAACCAGGCCACCAUUGCCGAGGCCUGGCAGAAAGAACGAGAGUUCCAACUGGCCAUGGAACACCUGCGCCGAGAACAGAGGGCCGCUGCUCGUGCGGCGCGUGCGGCCCAGGAGCCAGAGAUGGUGAAGUCGGCCGAGGUGUCGCCGUUCUCGCUCAAGGAGGUGCGGGACCGGCGGAUCUGGUCUCGCUCCCACAGGACCCUCUCAGAGGAGAUGGAGGAAGAGGGAGAGCUCCGUUCCUCCAAGUUCGACACCUUUGACGAGCCCAUGCCGGCCCACCCCCUGCUGGAGGCGCUCUCCUCUCACCCCCUGAGCACGCGGCGAGGCAGCCAGGCCAGCAUCUUCAGCUUCCGCCCACGCAUUAACUCCGAGGCCGACUUUGCCGACGACGAGCACAGCGUCCACGGCGGCUUCGGUGGCGACGGCGGCCGCAGUCGGGCGUCCUCGGUCGCGCUGUCGUCAGUGUGGGCCAAGCGGCGGACGGGCAGCGUGCGGAGCCGGUGUUCGCAGGCCCUGCUGGCCACGCCGAGCCUCAACGUGAACGGGCGACUCAGCCUAAACCUGUCGCUGGACCAGAAUGGUGUGGCCUGUCUGCUGCCACACACACACACACACACACACACGCCCACCCCAACCUCACCGCCCGCCUGCAGCAUGGAGAAGGUCAAGGAGGACGCAGAGGACCAGCCGUAUCAGGAGAGCCCCACGACCCCAGCACCACACUCUCCUGAUGGACAUGAGGAGGCUCCACCUCUUCGCAGGAAGAGAGGCAUGAGCUCCGUCAGCUUCUUCAGUGACGCCAUAGAUGAGCUGGCGGAGGCUCAACAGAAGUGCCCCCCCUGCUGGUACGAGUUUGCGCAGAAGUACCUGGUGUGGACGUGCACUCCGGACUGGCUGCGGCUGAAGGAGUAUGUGAAGGUGAUGGUGAUGGACCCCUUCCUGGACCUGGGCAUCACCAUCUGCAUCGUGCUCAACACACUCUUCAUGGCGCUGGAGCAUUACCCGAUGACCGACGAGUUCAACAAGAUGCUGACCGUUGGCAACCUGGUCUUCACGGGGAUCUUCACCUUUGAGAUGGUCUUCAAGCUGAUCGCCAUGGACCCCUACUUCUAUUUCCAGCACGGCUGGAACAUGUUUGACGGGAUCAUCGUGUGCUUGAGCCUCGUAGAGAUGGGCCUGUCUAACGUGGAGGGCCUCUCCGUGCUGCGUUCAUUCCGACUGCUGAGAGUCUUUAAGCUGGCCAAGUCCUGGCCCACGCUGAACACCCUCAUCAAAAUCAUCGGCAACUCGGUGGGCGCCCUGGGCAACCUGACCCUCGUCCUGGCCAUCAUCGUCUUCAUCUUCGCCGUGGUGGGCAUGCAGCUGUUUGGCAAGAACUACCAGGACUGCGUGUGCAAGAUCUCCAAGGACUGUUCGCUGCCACGCUGGCACAUGAAGGACUUCUUCCACUCGUUCCUGAUUGUGUUCCGUGUGCUGUGUGGCGAGUGGAUUGAGACCAUGUGGGACUGCAUGGAGGUGGCAGGACAGCCGCUCUGCAUCCUUGUCUUCAUGCUCGUCAUGGUGAUCGGCAACCUGGUGGUGUUAAAUCUGUUCUUGGCCCUGUUACUGAGUUCCUUCAGCUCGGAUAACCUGUCAGCCCCAGACGACGACGGUGAACUGAACAACAUGCAGAUCGCCAUUGCACGCAUCCACAACGGCAUGAGCUGGCUGGGAAACUUCUGCCAUGAGCUCUGCAGUGGAGACUUCCGGAAGCAGCAACAGAAGGCCAAGGAAGCCUCGCUGAAAAGCGAGCAUCCUGCCGUCGCCGCCACGGGCAACCACGUGGACUGCAAUGGCAUCGUGGGAGUAAUCGGCCGCUACGGGGAGGUCUAUGUCAUCCCUGACGAGGGCGAGGACAGCUACAUGACUAACCCCACCAUCACCAUCACAGUGCCCAUCGCCCCUGGGGAGUCUGACGUGGAGUUUCUCGAGGAGGAAGAGGAGGAAACAGAGUCGUCGGAGGAUGAUGAGAGCAAAGCGGAAGUGAUUAGCUUGUCUGAGGGGAGCACGGUGGACCUGCGAAGGCCAGGGGAGGAAGAGGAGGAUUAUUCCGAGAUGGGAGACGAUGCCAUGGACCCGGACAACUGUUUCCCUGAGUUCUGUGUGCGGCACUGUAAGUGCUGUGAGAUCGACACCACCCGGGGGGUGGGCCAAGCCUGGUGGAGACUGAGGAAGACCUGCUUCCAGAUCGUGGAGCACAGCUGGUUUGAGACCUUCAUCAUCUUUAUGAUCCUCCUCAGCAGUGGAGCUCUGGCCUUUGAGGACAUCUACAUCGAGCAGAGGAAAGUGGUGAAAGUCAUCCUGGAGUACGCUGACAAGGUGUUCACCUACAUCUUUGUGCUGGAGAUGUUCCUCAAGUGGACUGCCUACGGCUUCAAGAAGUAUUUCACCAACUACUGGUGCUGGCUGGACUUCCUCAUUGUGGAUGUGUCUCUCAUCAGCCUGGUGGCCAACUCUCUGGGUUACUCCGACUUCACGGCCAUCAAGUCCCUGCGGACCCUAAGAGCACUUAGGCCUCUCAGAGCCCUGUCACGAUUUGAGGGCAUGAGGGUGGUGGUGAACGCUCUGAUCGGGGCCAUCCCCUCCAUUAUGAACGUGCUGCUGGUCUGCCUCAUCUUCUGGCUCAUCUUCAGCAUCAUGGGCGUCAACCUGUUCGCCGGCAAGUUUGGCAAGUGCGUGAACCGCAUGGGCUACCUGCACAACGCCUCCGUGGUCAACAACAAGUCCGAGUGCCAGAGCAUGAAUGACACACAGUUCUACUGGACCAAGGUCAAGGUCAACUUCGACAACGUGGGCAUCGGCUACCUGUCGCUUCUGCAAGUGGCAACUUUCAAGGGCUGGAUGGAGAUCAUGUAUGCAGCUGUAGAUUCUCGUGGGGUGGAGGACCAGCCCAUAAAGGAGAUCAACCUGUACAUGUACCUCUACUUCGUCAUCUUCAUCAUUUUCGGCUCCUUCUUCACACUCAAUCUCUUCAUCGGUGUCAUCAUUGACAACUUCAACCAGCAAAAAAGAAAAAUCGGGGGGCAGGACAUCUUCAUGACUGAAGAGCAGAAGAAGUAUUAUAACGCCAUGAAAAAGCUGGGCUCUAAAAAACCCCAAAAGCCAAUCCCAAGGCCAAUGAAUGAAGUGCAGGGGUUCUUCUUCGAUCUGGUUGCUAAGCAGGCCUUCGACAUCACCAUCAUGAUGCUGAUCAUCCUGAACAUGGUAACGAUGAUGGUGGAGACAGACGAGCAGUCAGAGCACAUGGAAACGGUGCUCCACUACAUCAACCUGGUGUUCAUCGUCAUCUUUACGGCCGAAUGCCUCGUCAAAAUCUUCGCCCUACGCUGCUACUUCUUCACCAUCAGCUGGAACAUCUUCGACUUUGUUGUGGUUAUCCUGUCCAUCGUCGGAAUUGUGCUGGCUGACAUCAUAGAAAAGUACUUUGUGUCCCCCACCCUGUUCCGCGUCAUCCGACUGGCGAGGAUUGGACGCGUGCUACGUCUGAUCCGCGGUGCAAAAGGAAUAAGGACGUUGCUCUUUGCCUUAAUGAUGUCACUUCCUGCCCUUUUCAACAUCGGCCUCCUGCUCUUCCUGGUUAUGUUCAUCUAUUCCAUCUUUGCCAUGGCCAACUUCGCCUAUGUCAAGAAGCAGGGCGGCAUCGAUGACAUGUUCAACUUCGAGACGUUCGGCAAUAGCAUGAUCUGCCUCUUUCAGAUCACUACAUCGGCCGGCUGGGACAACCUCCUGGACCCAAUUCUCAACAACUCGCCCGAGGAAUGCAACUCGCAGGCGGUCAACACGGGCACCAACAUGAAGGGGAACUGCGGCAACCCAUCCGUGGGCAUCGCCUUCUUCGUGUCCUACAUCAUCAUCUCCUUCUUGAUUGUGGUCAACAUGUACAUCGCCAUCAUUCUGGAGAACUUUAGCGUGGCCACUGAGGAGAGCACGGAACCUCUGAGCGAGGACGACUUUGAGAUGUUCUACGAGGUGUGGGAGAAGUUCGACGUCGAGGCCACGCACUUCAUCGAGUUCGCCAAGCUCUCGCGUUUCGCCGACACGCUUUCGGAGCCGCUGCGCAUCGCCAAGCCCAAUAAGAUCAAGCUCAUCUCCAUGGACCUGCCCAUGGUGAGCGGCGACAAGAUCCACUGCCUGGACAUCCUGUUUGCCUUCACCAAGCGUGUGCUGGGCGAGUCGGGCGAGAUGGACGCCCUCAAGCAGCAGAUGGAGGAGAAGUUCAUGAUGCUCAACCCCUCCAAGGUGUCCUACGAGCCCAUCACCACCACGCUGAGGCGCAAGCAGGAGGAGGUGUCUGCCUCCAUGAUCCAGCGCUGCUACCGCAGGCACCUGGUGCGCCGCCACAUGAAACAUGCCUCCUACCUGUACCGCCGCAUCAACCAGGAGGGCGGGGGGAUGGCGCUGGAGAGGCCGGAGGGGGGCGGGGACAGGAGAGGGGAGGACGAGGAAGCGGCACCUGAGCAAGAGGGCCUGAUCGCCAGCAUGAUCCGUGAGCACUACGGGCCCCCCGCGGAGGUGGUGGACGUGGAGGCUCUGGAGGCGGAGGCCGCGGAGGAGGGAGCGAGCCUGUCGUCCGUCUCGUCGCCUCCGUCGUACGAGAGUGUGACGCGGGCAGCCGCGGUUGACACAUAUCAGGUGGUGAUCCCUGUGGUGCCUCUUGCCGGGGACCUUAGGGACCAAGACACAAGCACAGCAGAGGAAGGAUACGAUGAAACGUUCCUUUAG